AUGGACCUCCUUCGCCAGAUCGUUGCCAGCCCGCGAGCUCGGCAUCCAGAGGCGGGUCUGGACCUGUGCUAUGUUACAGAUAACAUAAUCGCGACUUCAGGUCCCUCAGGAACAUACCCUCAGAUCGCAUACCGGAACCCAUUGAAAGACCUGGUCAAGUUCCUGGACUCCAAACAUGGCGAACAAUGGGCAAUUUGGGAGUUUCGCGCCGAAGGGACGGGAUAUCCAGACUCUGAGGUCUACAAUCGGAUCAGACACUAUCCAUGGCCCGAUCACCAUCCUCCCCCCUUUCAUCUGAUACCCUUGAUCAUGGGCUCCAUGCGCCAGUGGUUGAAGGACAAGGACGCAGAAGGCAAAGGAAGAGUUGCGGUGGUGCAUUGCAAGGCAGGAAAGGGCAGGAGUGGGACUGUGGCCUGCACAUAUCUGAUCAGUGAAGAGGGCUGGACGCCAGAGGAUGCGAAACAGCGCUUUACAGAAAGAAGGAUGAGACCGGGUUUUGGCGCGGGAAUCAGUAUCCCCAGUCAGGCGCGAUGGAUCACAUAUGCUGAUCGAUGGACAAAGGGUGGAAAGGUAUACGUUGAGAGACCGGUGCAGAUCAUGGAGGUGCAUGUCUGGGGACUCCGUAACGGUGUCAAGGUGUCCAUUGAAGGAUUUGAAGACGAAGGCAAGGUGAUCAAGAACUUCCAUACGUUCCAGAAGAGCGAGAGAUACAUUGUGCGAGGCGACAUCAAGAAAGACAAUGGCCUCGCAGAUGCUGCUUUGGAGGUCAUGGGUAAGAAGAAAGCAGGUGGAGAUGCCGCCAAACAGGUCAAGGUGGCCGAAAAGGCUCAGAAAGAAGCUGACGAAGCCGCCUCGAACACACCUGAUGACGAUUUGCCAACCGGAGGAGACGUCGUCUUCCGGCCUUCAAAGCCGGUGGUCAUCCCAACCAGCGACAUCAACAUGGACUUCGAAAGGCGCAACAAUUCCAAAUACGGUGGCUUCGCGAUGGUCACUUCGGUCGCGCAUGUUUGGUUCAAUGUUUUCUUCGAAGGCAACGGCCCGGAGCAGAAAGGAAAUGCAGAUGACUCGGGUGUCUUCGAGAUCGAGUUUGACGCCAUGGACGGCAUCAAGGGCAGUAGCCGAAAAGGCACUCGAGCAUUCGACAAGAUGUCCGUCGUCUGGAAAUCUAUACCUCCAACGGAGAAGCCCAUCGCUGUCGUCAGCGAGCCGGGAGAAGGCGAAGAGGUCCAGCAAGCACGAGCAGCAGAUUGGAGAGGAUCAGAUCAGAAGUCCGACGAUACUCAGAAGAUGUUGGGUCUGCGGCAGGCGGAUUCGGGGAGUGCAGAUAUUAGUCGUGCGAGCAGCGUGCAGACUAACAAAAGUGGCGGCGAGGCGCCGGAAGACGAAAAUGAGGGUGUGCAGAGCACAGGGCCUGACGGAAAGGCUCUGGAUCAUAACAAGUCUGCCAGUGACAACAGAAAUGCAGGUUCCAAGUUGAAGACAUCAGAGUCGGCGCCCGUUCAUGCCGAAUGA